CGUUACUUGGUUGCUGAAACUCUACAACUGCAAGGGGAUAGAAAAUAUGGCUGAAUACCAGCGUAGUCUUGUUUAAAGCCCAUGGCGGUGUAGUCUCUGAUUCAAGAUCAUCGGUAACCUAUCGCAGCAACUUCAGUUAAUGGUUUAAAAAGCAGCGAAAACCAGCUGGAAAGACACUAUUUGGGGGCGUUUCUCCGUCCGUUUGGAUCGGGGUGAUCUCCAACUGCGGGGAGUAUUCAGUGCCACAAAGCCUGUAUGUGUGUGUGCACUGUGGGGUAGCAACAGUAGGAUGAGCUGCCCCAGACUUAUCACAGUCUGCAGGGACUGACGCACAGAGCUACAACUACAGCAGUCGAUGCAGUCUUCCAGAGGCUCUGCCUCCCCGUGGCUGAGAAACCAGCAGCAGCAGCAGCAUGUCCCGCGUCUCCUCCACCGCCAAGCGCUACGCUGGCCCCUCCUACACCAGCCACUACAGCUCCUAUGGCUCUUCCCUGACACCCGGCCUUAGCUCAUACAGCGAGCGGGACAGGCUGUCCUCCUACAAGUCCCCCACCUCUUCCUCAGGUUACUCCUCGUCCAGCUAUCUGAGCAGCUCUACCGCCCGCAGCCGCAACUACAGCACCUCCUCAGACCCUGAUCGCGACCGGGGUCGAACCAUCCCGCGCAGCGACAUUCUCGGAAGCAGCAGCAGCAGCCGCCGGAGUGAGAGCCUCAGCAGAACCCCCAUCAAGAGCUAUGGAGGGUCAGGGCUGAGUGGUGGGUCGGCCUACACCGGCUACAGUUCCUACUCUUCGUCUUCGGCCCAGUCCAGCUACCUCUCCUCUUCACCGGUGGCCUCCAGCAUCUCGCUCAACCGACGGAAAUCUGUAUCUCAGAGUGACUUGAGCAGGGAUCUGGCCUCUCUGGGCUUCAACGACACCUCCUCUUCCUCCACCCCGUCCUCUUCCACCAGUGCCCUGCGGAGCUACCGCAGUCGGACCAGCGAUGUGUCCGACUCGUAUGGCACUAGCUCACGCACAGGCUACUCAGGCCUGUCGCGGAGUUCUACUCAGGAGGCCCUCUCGCGGAGCUCCACCCAGGAGGCCUUCAGCAGCAGCAGCAGCAGCAGAGUAUUCAGCUCUUCGACAUGGGAGCCGAGAAGUAGCAGGCUGUCCAACUCCCCCACCAGGGACUCCACGAAUUCAAAGAGUGCCCAAGGCCUGGUGGGACUAAAGAACCUAGGAAACACUUGUUUCAUGAACAGUAUCCUGCAGUGUCUCAGCAACACACACAGCCUGCGAGACUACUGUCUGCACAACUCGCACCGCAGAGACCUUAACAACAACAGCCGCACCAACACAGCCCUCAUGGAAGAAUUUGCCAAGCUGAUACAGACCAUGUGGACGUCGUCCAGCAGUGAGGCAGUCAGCCCGUCUGAAUUCAAAACUCAGAUCCAGAGAUAUGCUCCCAGAUUUGUGGGAUACAACCAACAGGACGCUCAGGAGUUCCUGCGUUUCCUCCUGGACGGGCUGCACAAUGAGGUCAACAGGGUCACCGUCAGGCCGAGAGGCACUGUGGAGGACUUUGACCACUUGCCGGAUGAAGAGAAAGGGAAGAAGAUGUGGAGUAAAUACCUGGAGAGAGAAGACAGUAAGGUCGUGGACCUGUUUGUGGGACAGCUGAAGAGUUCUCUGACCUGCAGCCACUGUGGCUUCUGCUCCACUGUCUUCGACCCCUUCUGGGAUCUCUCCCUACCUAUCGCCAAGAAGGGCCACGGUGAGGUGAGCUUGAUGGACUGCGUGCGACUCUUCACCAAAGAGGACGUCCUGGAUGGGGACGAGAAGCCGACCUGCUACAGGUGUAAAGCCCGGAGGAGAUGCACAAAGAAGUUCACAAUACAGAAGUUCCCCAAGAUCUUAGUGCUGCACCUGAAACGCUUCUCUGAGGCACGAAGAACCAGCAAACUGUCCACCUUUGUCAACUUCCCCAUGAAGGAUCUCGACCUGCGGGAGUUUGCCUCCGAAAACAGCAUAAAUGCAGUGUACAACCUGUACGCAGUGUCCAACCACUCAGGCACCACGAUGGGCGGUCACUACACAGCUUACUGUCGCAACCCCAACUCGGGAGAAUGGUACACCUUCAAUGACUCCAGAGUAACGCCAAUGUCCUCCAGCCAAGUGCGCAGCAGUGACGCCUACGUCUUGUUCUACGAGCUGGCUUCCUCCUCGCGGAUGUGAAGCCUCCUGGAGGACGACGGGCCGCAGCACCACUCUGACUGAUGGACGGACGGAUGGAUGGAAAAUGAGAGUGAUGGUGGAGCCAGGCCUGUUGUGGACUUGUAUUUGGACAUAUAUCACACACACACACACAUAUACACACACACACACACACACACACUCACAUAUGAAGGUACACACCUCUUCCAGCCUGGAGGCUGCGUCUCUCCGCAGAGAGAGCUAGAGAGGGGAACACUCUGGAAACCACAGGAACCUGAUCAACCAGCCCUGCUUUCUUUCUCUCUCUGUCUUUACUCUCGUGUCUUGCUCAUUCUGGGUGGAGGUGUGUGUUUACUGUGUGUGUGUGUGAGUGUGUGUGUAAGUGUGUAAGUGUGCGAGGCUGACACAGGGCAAUAAUCCCGUCUGACCGACCAGCCGGUGAAUCGGUCUCCAUCUCAGAAGUCCCUCUCUAUGCACUGCAAACCGAACUCUCCUGACUGCGCCUUCGCUUCUUUCUCUUCACGUCUUGAUCUUCUCGUUUGCCUCAAACCAUUAAAACUGACUUGUUGCAUUUUUUUUGACUUUUUUUCUGCUUUGAAUUUAUGUUGUUUUUAUGUUUUUUUUUUUUGUUUUGUUUUGUUUUUUCGUGGGGGGUGGGUGGGCGGUUAUUACCCCAGCACCAUGAGAAUCAUGAUCAUCACCACCACUUUGGACUAUGAAUAAACUGAGAGUGUGACUGUAACAGAACUGGUCCCGGUUAUGAAGAGCUGACAGCGGCCUGCUUGGUUUUCAUGGCUCUCCCUUCCACUGCAACACUCCCAUGUCUCUGUUAGCAUCCUCUUCACCUCUUCUCUCUUUCUCUUAGUGGCUGGGGAGGCCAGUGGCACUGUGAGCGUUACAUGUUUCAGAGGACAAACCCUCUAACUUGUGUUUUAUUUAAUUUUGUUUCUCCCACGUGUGGCUGCUACUGAUGUUUUAAAAGUGCUGUGAAUGGAUGAAUGGACAGUCCAGCGCGGAUCUGCUAAGGAUUAACUAAAUAGACGAUAAUAACGGUAACAAUCCUCAUCGUCAGUAUGAGGUCUUUUCUUCCUCUCUUGUUUCAUGCCAUUGAACAACACGGAAAGAAUGUUUUAAAGAAGAAAAAAAAACAAACACUAUAUCUGUAUAUUUUUAUAUUCUGAUGCAA